UGCUCCCCGUUGCAAAAACGCAGCUGCUGGACUGGCGCCCGGGACGAGCGCAGCUGCUCCAGCGGCGGAAGGAAGCGGCUCACCGACCCCGGCCGCUGCUCUUUCCGGCCUUUGCAACGCGGCCGCCCUCCGGUUCCCGCGGGAGUCACGCCCGUCCGGACAGGGGCGAUGUGGCGGGUGCAAUUGCUCCGCCACCGGCCCUGGCUGGCCGGCUUGCAGCUCCGGCCGGCUGGGCCUGGCUCGGCUUCCCGCCGCUGCAAAGGCGGCUUCUCGGAGCUCCGUCCCCCUGCGCCGCCGAGGGAUCGACGCUGCCCCACGGCCGGGUCUUCUCAGCACGUCUCUUAUAAGCACCUGGAAAACGGAGGAGAAAGGAAGACAGUUAUCUGCAUCGAGGGGAAUAUUGCUAGCGGGAAAACAACCUGCCUGGAUUAUUUUGCUAAAAACACUGGCAUUGAGGUGUUGACUGAACCGGUAUCUAAGUGGAGGAACGUCCGUGGACAUAACCCUCUGGGCUUAAUGUAUCAAGAUGCAACCCGGUGGGGGCUGACACUACAGACUUACGUACAGUUGACUAUGUUGGACCAGCAUACAAAACCAAUGAUUUCUUCCAUAAGAAUGAUGGAGAGGUCAAUUCACAGUGCAAAGUACAUUUUUGUGGAGAACUUAUAUCGCAGUGGGAAAAUGCCAGAAGUAGAUUACGUCAUCCUGACGGAGUGGUUUGACUGGAUCCUUAAGAAUGUGAACGUGUCACUUGAUCUGAUAGUUUAUCUACAGACCUCUCCUGGCAUGUGUUACCAGAGACUCAAGCGGAGGUGCAGAGAAGAGGAAAAAGUCAUUCCCAUAGAGUAUUUAGAAGCUAUUCAUCAGCUUUAUGAAGACUGGCUCAUUAAACAAACAUUGUUCAAAGUCCCUUCCCCGGUGCUCGUGCUGCAGGCUGACGAUGACCUGCAGGAAAUGAUGGAGAAAUACGAAGAGAAUCAGGACCAAAUCUUAAUGUUGGACAACACCCAACACCGUCUGUAGAAUUAGCUACUUUACUAUGGACAAGAUGCUGUUGCCCAAAACAAGUACACAGCUGAUAACCUAAGCUAGAGAGAGCUGAAGAUGGGUUCCUGCAAGCAGCUUGAAUUGGUGGGCUUGGAAACUUGAAGGCAUUCUGAGAAGCUUUGCCAAGUGGUCCAAGUGCUGGAAUUGCAGAAUUGCUGAGAAGGUACACCAUUUCUAUGCAGGAUGAACCACCCAGAAGCAGACUGCAAUUUAGUCUUGGGAAGAAUUGGAUUCUGCGCUCUUCUCUGUUUUUGGACUGAGUAAACACCCACAUAUAAGGUGUGGCUAAUACUUCUCUUUCAGCAGCCCUUCUACUUUUUUUGAGCUUGCCCUUACGCUGCUAGUGAGACCCGAGCGAUUCACAAAUGAUGGAGAAAUAGGAAGAGAAUCGGAAUGAAAUGCGUAGCUAUUGACUUCAUUCUUUCUGCUGCAAACAGAUGCCGCUGCUUGGAGUUAGCAAAUGUACAGCUUGCUUUCUGAACGAGCCUGCCUCAAAUACAAUCACAUUUAAAUCUUAUUUUUUUUUUAAAAAAAAUAAUUUUAAUAGAAGGGGACAAAGAAAACAAUGGGCCAAUGCUAGUAUGUACUUAUUGCAUUUGUGUUAAUACUUUUAAGUAUACUAAAAAGUUUAUACAAUAUGACAGCGGACUGGCAGUCUUGGUGUUGGCUGGUGGCAUCAGUGUCAGCGGGAGGGGGGGAAUAGUUUUGUGAGUGCAGCCUAAUCCCAUACAUGUGCAAAGGGAGUUUCGUGUGCUUGUCCGCCAUUUGCUCAGCCUCAUUCCCAAUGGUUGGCAGUCGGUAUCCGUCUGUGGCAUCGCCCCGAUUCCUGGGGCCUGGGGAUCAUUACAAUAUGGAAUAGUCCAGUUAUUUUCUGUCCAGGAACACAUAAAUUGUAUAAUUUGUAUAAAACAAGCAAAUCAGGAAACAGAGAUGGACUGUGUUGUGUUGACACCCAAAGCUGGACUGUUGUCAGAAUUCAUUCCAGGAGCCCACUUUGGAUGGCCCUGACCUGCUCUGUGAGACCAGCCAAGGCAACCCAACCAGAACGCAGAUCCUUUUGCCUCUCAUUCUUCCUGUCUUCCAGGGGAAGAUAAAUCCCAGGGAUCUUCACACUGAGCUUUUAGGCAGCUCAAGCCCAGUCAGCACAAAAUCUAUUUGCUGACCGGUGUCUGAAUUGUGUCCAUGGCCACGUCUGGGCAGGAUGAGAGUGAAUAUGGUCCAACUUUCACCCUUGGUUUGAGAGCUCCAGGUUUAUAUUCCCUACAAGUCAGUUCAUUUGGAAUUAUUUAUUAUAGAGUUUUGUAUUUGAUAAUUAAGAUUUUGGGUUUAAGGAAACAGUCAUGUUGGAUCAGUGACUUACGUGAGAUGUAGAUAAAUGAUGGAAUACAGGCAUAAUUUUUUGAUCUGCCUUUAACUGUUAAUCUAGUUUUGCUCAACUUCUUACAGAAAAGUAUACAAACGGUUAUAUCAAAUGAUUGUGGAAUUUUCUAUUUGGCAUGUUUUGGAAAGAAAUUCUUGGUUGGAGUUUAGCAGGGUAAGAACAACAGAUGUGAUUCCAAGAUAUUUAUCAUUCCUUUCCUUAUCGCUUCAUUAAAAAUGCAUCAUGGGUUGUUGUCUCACAUUCUUAGUCCAAAUAGAAUAACUGUGUUCUCCCUGGAACACAGAAUUCUAAGAUGGGAGAUUACAUCUUUUAUUUAAAUUGUAAUGUUAUUGGUAGAAAAUUAAGUGUGAUUCAGUUAUUCUCUAAUUGAGCUGCAUAGCGCUGCAAAGAAAAAUAUAACUGCAUUAAAAAUCUUUAAUAUAUUAA